AUGGGCCUGAUCAAUGAUAUCGAAGUUAAGACGCGUAACCUCGUCAACGAGAGAGUUAGACAAGGGAGGGUAUUGAUGGAAAGGAUCAAAGCCAUUAAACAUUGGACUAAGGAACCUUAUAAGAAGAACGCCGACGUUGCUAUGAAAAUCGCUCGCUCGUUUCAUUUAACUGCUCAAAUGAAUAUCAUGGUUCAAUUACUUGGGUAGGUAACGAGAUCAACCUCAUAAACCAAUCUAAUUGCCUUUGUAGUUAUACUCGAAAGCAUUCUCAGCUACAGAUGCUGGGUGAUGAGCUUGCACUUCUGAUACUGAAAAUCCCUGAUGGUAGUGAAAGUUAUGAGAUGGAUUUCUACACUAUGCAACAUCCUCUGCAGCCACAUUUUUGGGCGAUCUUCUGUAGUCUCAAUUACGGCAUCCAAUGUCUUGACCGACUGAAAGGGAUAUAUGAUAGAUCAACAAGGACGGUAAGAUAUCGUGGAUGAGUUGUGAAUGCUCUAACUAAUGGCUCUAUAGAAUACAGGCCUGCCGAUAGUUGUUGCUGAGAAAAUUCUUCGAUGGCACAUAGGUAGUCAACAAAAUAUUAUCGAGCAUGGCUGGUUCUGGAAAAUGAAACAGGAUAUUAUGUUGGAACACGACCUCAGUCUUGGUUGA